AUGGUCGCUGAUUUGCACACUGCAUUCGUGCUGCUUCUGUUUCUCGGAGGAAUGCGGAGCCUCUUCGAACUCUACACCAGCAUCAUCCGAAGCCCGCGGAUGCGUGCCGAAUCUAUCUUUGAGGCUCACAAAUGUUGCUUGCGAACAGACUCCGCUCAACAUAUAUGUUCGGAAAGAGGUUUCGAGAUAUUCACAUUACGCCCCUUCUGUCUUUCAAUUGCACCUAACAGCUGGUUGUUCUCGUGGUGCGAUCCAGAUAGCCAUCGGCCGCCCAGCUACUGGUUAUCUCUUCCGCAUCCUUGUGACUACCUCAUGCACUGA